GAUUAGUUGAUGGGUUUGAGUUAUGUUCUAUUAUCUUAUGCCCUGUUUGUUUGCCGAGAAAUUUCUGGGAGAGAAUUAGAGAUUUUGACGGAAAGUUGGAAACACCUUUUUUUCUUUUUGGUUCAGGAGGUGGGGCUAAGCUGUCUGUUCAGCCCAUCACCGCCUGUCAAAAUAAUCUACCGAACCCUUUUCUUAAUCGAUUCAAGUGGGUCGUAUUGAUAAUUAUAGGUUCAAUGGGAGAUGUCCUCAGAAUUCAGAAUUUUGUCUGAAAGAAGAAAAAAUCCCUCGUCUUCUUAUCUUACCCCCUUUAUAUAUCGGGUUAGCAUUUUGGGGAUCGUCUUCUAUAUUAGUCUCGGAAUUUCUUGCCGGUUCAUUUGAUAGAAGAAUUCCAUUGAAAAGUUAUGGAGCUCAAUCGAAAAUCUCACCCGGACUGUGUAUAUGCCACCAACCCUUACCAUGAAUGCGCUUCUUCGUGUUUAGAGAGAAUUGCACAGGGAAAUGGAAGGAACCACACCAAGAAGCAAGCGUCGAAGAUUCUUGCAAUAUCAGCGAGCCUCGGGAAGAAGAAGAAGGAAUCAAAGCCACCGUCACCAUAUGCCUCGAGGCCCUAUCAGAACAAUGCUGUUGCUAAUAACAACGUUUCCCCUAAGGAUCGUCGGCCGAACUCUGUAACGAAUAAGACGUUUCUUGAAGAAACAAAGUGUUUCUCUUCUUCUUCUUCGUCUUCCGAGGAUCUCCCUGCAGAGCAGUAUUCUCGGCGUGAGCAAGAACCGCUCUCCCAAACCGUUCUUCUAUCACCAAAUGACCUGGUCGUUGAUUAUACUGGAGGCGAAAUACAAGCACUUGGAAAAGAAGAACACAAUGAUAAGAAUGGCACAUCGGGUGAGAUCAGGAGAUUCAGUUUUCUAAGCCCUCCAAGAUCACAUGGCAAUGAUGCAAAAACCCAUCAUGAUGAUGACGAUGAUGGUGAUGACGAUGACGAAGAAAACAAUGGCGUUCUUGGAGAAGAGAUCGAGCUGGAAUCCGUGAUGUCGGAAUCGUGCCUCCCGGUAGGAAAAUACCGAGUGAGAUCAGCAGCGGCUGCAACCCUACGCUCCAUCAUCGACAGACACGGAGACAUAGCCGCUAACUGCAAGCUAGAGUCAGCAUCCAUGAGAGCUCGCUACCUCGAGUGCCUAUGCGCAUUGGUCCAAGAACUGAAGUCAACGCCAGUUGCCCAGUUGACCAAACUCAAAGUCAAAGAGAUGAUCCUUGUCCUAAAGGACUUGGAUUCCGUCAACAUCGACGUCGGAUGGCUCAGUUCGGUUCUCGAGGAUUUCGCCCAGUCUCACGAGGCCGAGGCAGCGAAAGAACGGCACGAGGGACUGGUGAGUUCGACAAGACGUGAAUUGGAAGAUCAGGAGGAGGGUUUGGCCCGGAUGGAGGAGGAAGUGGUGGAUGCGAGGGCUCGGGUCGAAGAGACACGAGCCCGAGUAGCCGAGCUCGAGAAAGAACUGUCGAGGCUCGAGGGAAUCGGAUCGAACGCCGAGAAAUUCAAAGGGAAGUCGUUCUUGGACGAGCUACUGUGAUGUAUGUGUUCAGUAUAUGUUAUGGUCAAUGUGAUGAUGAAUAUGGAAACCUUUGGUCAGUCCAUGAAGGUGAUGAAAUGUUAGUAACUUCGAGCUAAGCUAUUUAGCGUUUACUAAUGAAUGUUUUGGGAUUGUGACUCAGAUUCUUUAAUUUUUGUGUAAUCUGGUUUUGUGAGAUUGAUUAUAAAUAUUUAUCAGCGAAAA